CAGAGCUUCGCUGCUAUUCCAACUCCUGCGAACCCAUACUACCACUAUAUCAGCUCUUGAGUUCGUCACCAAGAAACCAUUACACCCAUCAUGUCCAGCUCUAUUUCAACCAGUGCAGAAUUGGCGGUGCCGAAUGAGAAUAUGGAUGAAAGUAGUAUUAUAGCAGCAGGUGACAGGAUUGUUCGGUCAUAUCGGCGUUCGCGGUCUGGCUGUUACACCUGUCGACUACGGGCAAAGAAGUGCGACGAAACACGCCCACGGUGUCUGAAUUGCAAUAAGCUUGGCAUUCUGUGCCAGUACACCGAACCAUCUUGGUGGAGAAGCCUAGAACAGCGCAAAAUACACAGAGACAGAAUCAAGAAAAGGAUUCGGGUGACAAAGGUCAUGAAGAAGGAGAAGGACCUUCAAGAAUUCAUUGACCAUACCCUUCCAUCUUCGAACGACUUCGAGGAUUACAGUGAUUCUCUAUCACAAUUAAGCUCAAAUGAGGCGUACAGUCCGGCUUUACCUACCCCGGCAGUGCCCGCAAUGUCUUCGCCGUGGGAAGCUGGAUUCAACAGUCAGCAGCCACUGUGGCAGCACCCGGUGACUCCUAUGUACACUACGAUGGAUCCGCAAGCUCAAAUGCCGGGUCAGUUUCAGAUGCAGCAGCUACCGCAGCAGUUACAGCUCCCAGAGGACCCACAGCAGAUUGUACCACACCUUCACAUGGCUCAAUCGCAACAGCAGGCAAUCACACAAACGCUACCCGAACCUCUAUCUCACGAGAUGCCGCAGUCUUUAACAUCGGACUUACCUUCAAUCUUCCACCCGCAGUUACCACCACAGGUAUCUGUACCGCUACCCUCACAGUCAUUUCUUCAACCACCUUUGGAAGUACCUCAACAACAAGUUCCAAAUGCAUACCCAGAGGCUCUGCAUGCUCCCGAGCGAUUGCACCAACGAAACCCCCAGCAAAGCACUCAGCUAAGAUCACGGCGACCCUCCCGGCGACCAUCGAAUCGGCUACCCACACCAACUAGCUCAGGACCCAAUCAUUUGGCCAUUCAAGGAAUUACUGGUAGGGGUAGCUUUCUGUCUCAAACUCAAUAUAAGGUCGGCUCAUCCCGAUUUCAACACCAAGAUAAACCAUUGUCGACUUAUCUGCGAACAAUGAACGUGAGCAAAGCAGAGAAGCCACUUCUUAACCACUUCGUCGACAACUUGUUACAGAUCAUCUUCCCGGUAUUGGAUGCUCAUCCACAGAGUAUUCAUAGAACGCAUGAGAUCCUGCGGGCACUGAAGACCAACAAGUCAUACUAUCACUGUUGUUUGAGUGUUUCAGCGCUGCAUAUCAAGACACUCAAUGCUAACUCUAGCUGGGGUGAUGAGAACGAAUCAAUUGACGACAUAAUGCGACAUCGCUAUGCUGCAAUCUCGGCACUCUGCCAAGCACUGGACUCAGAUGAUAAUCAUGACAAAGUUUUAGAUGCAACGCUUGCGAUGAUCUUUUUCCACUGUGCCGUGGGAGAACCUGACGACUACCUUCCAGAUAUUCCUUGGUAUGAUCAUUUCACAGCAGUCGCAGAUCUGGUCAACAAGCUCGGAAUCAAUGAGCCAACUCCGUUCACCCCUUUGCCUUUCAGCACAUCUCUCUCGACAUGGAUCGAUAUCCUCGGGGCCACGAUGCUUGGAACAUCCCCUCGGUUUGCUCACACCUAUCGCACUAAGCAUCUCAAUGGAGUAUCGUCAGGCUUGCGGGACCUUAUGGGUUGCGAUGAUAGUGUGAUGUACAUCAUUUCAGAGAUUGCGUGUCUUGAUGCAUUAAAGACGGAGGGUCGCCUCGAUGACUACACCAUCUGCCACCAUGUUUCAGCGCUGACUACCCAGCUGGGAUUCACGGAUGCGAAAUCACUAGAAGCUCCCGUCUCUUCAUCCGGCCAAAUUGACCCUAAGAAAUUGACCCUGAAUAUCACUGCAACCUUUCGGGCGGCAGCUCGGGUUUACCUCUCGACUCUCGUUCCUGGCUUCGACCGCUCCCAACAAAGCACCGCCAACCUUGUUCAAGCGGUUGGAGACACUCUCCAAUUUAUUCCAGAAGGCCCUUACGGUUAUGAUCGUACCCUGGUCUGGCCCCUGCUAAUCGCGGGUGUCUAUUCGACCCCAGGAAGCAAUUUCCGCGACAUACUGGCCCAGAGAACAACUGCAAUUGGCGAUGCCGCCGAGUAUGGCAGUUUUGGUCGAAUGUACCGGGUGUUGAAGGAAACUUGGAAACUAUCAGACGAGCCGAUGACUCCGCUAUACUCCGGUGCAAAUUAUCUACUACCAUCCAUGAAUCUCGACAAGAAUACGGGUCCUGCGCCCCGACCUCCUCCAGUUGAGACAAUUGGGCGCCCUCUCAGAAAGCAAAUGGUUCACUGGCGAGACAUAAUGAGCCGGAAUGGCUGGCGCUAUCUUCUGAUUUAAUCUAUCUGUAUAUACCUCACGGGUCAUCUCUGGUAUGUAAUUUCGUCAUCUCUUCCUGGCAUUGUUCUCGUGUCUGACCUAUUUACUCGUCAGCGAGUGCAACAGGAUUCAGAGAUCCAAUCUCCGGUUCAAAUUUCGUUCAGGUGUUUAGGAGCAGGAGGCA